UUAACCCGUUAACCGGAUCAUUCGAUUUGACUUAAUUUUGCCGGACCUCCUAAUCUCCAAUCGACCUUCUAACACUGUUCGUCUCCUUCAAUCGCAAAACCAAGAAAUCAACGAUCAAAGUUUCAGAAAAAAACUGGGAGAGAUGAUGAGAACGGAGGUGCUCAAAGUCUACAGAGAAAUUUUGAAGGCAACUCGAAAAUCAUUUGCAGGAGAUACCCAGAUGCUUAAUGCUUCUGCCAUGGAAGUUCGCUCCAAAUUUGAAGAGAACAAAAACGUCAAUUCCAAAGAAGAUAUUCAGAGACUCGUUGAUGAAGCUCAUGAAGCUUCCCAUUUCAUCUCCACCAUGAUCGUCCAAGCCAAGCUCAAUGAACGGGGUGGAUAUGAAAUGAAACCAAGUAAAGAUCACGCUGGGGCAACCUUGGAAGUUCCAUCAGAGGAGAUUCUGAAGAAAUCAGCAUAACAGACCAAAAUUGGCCCUCAAAUUUUUGUUCAUCAUUUGUUUAGGGAAGUUGAUUAUCUCUGGCUGUGGAAGCUUACCACAAUACCAUUCCAUUUUUAUGGGAAUCAGCAGUCAGCUUCAAAAGCCUCUUGUUUCUUGCUUGUCUGGUUCAAGAACAUUAACUAGCAAACAUGUACCGAUUUUUGUUAGCAAAUUUCUGGCUGGUUUGCGAUUUUAAACUCUUCUCAAACCAUUUCUGACCUUCAAGAUUAGUAUGUUGGGACA